AUGAUACAUAGACCAGCAUAUAUUCCGUUACAUGCUUUACGUGAAAUUGAUAUAAAAUCCAUACUUAGUGUUGCUUUCCCAUUUGAAAUUGAUAAUGAUGAAAAUAAAAGGCGAUAUGAUGAAAUUAAAAGACAAUAUGAUUAUCAUAAUAAAAUUUAUGAUGAUUUAAAAACGAAACCUGAACCAUAUCAAGUCUACUAUCAAGGCCAACCUCAAGUUCAACAUCGUGCAGAAAAUCCUAAAAAAUAUUGGGAAGAAAACUAUGCAUAUAGACCAGGUCCGACAAAAUCACAAAAAUAUAUAGAAAAAUAUCGUAAAGACGGUUUUAAACCUGACGAACUGAAAUUAUAUUGGAAUUAUCAAGAAAUUGAAAGUUUACAUAAAAAAGAUUAUUUCAAUCCAACAACAGAUACUGAUACAAAUAAAGCUCUUGAAGCCAAACCUGUUGAUCAACGUAAAAAUUCUGGAGCUGUAAAAUUUUAUCAAUCAGGCAUUGAAGACGCAGUUUUUGAUGAAGAACUAGAAGAUAAACAAAUUAUUGUUCUUGAUUUUGCUGAUGAACGUAUGCCUGGUGGUUAUUUUCUUGAAAAUGCUCGAACACAAGAAGAAGUUAUUCUUUUUAAUUCGGAUGGAUAUCGCGCAUUAUUAGAUUUAAAAUAUCAAACAAUGGAUGGAGGUUAUAUAUUACCUCAAUAUGGAUUAGCUUAUAUAAAACGAGUACGAUUCUUUCAAGAAAACCCUGAUCAAAAAGAAACUCUACAAGUGCGUCUUACAGAUUUGAUUGUUGCUGCUUGUUAUGAUUUAUCUGGUGCGGAUGAAGGUUUAUACAAACCACCAUCACGUGAAGACCAUGUUGAUUUGUAUAAACGAACAAAAGAAAAAUUUCGAGCUAUAGUAGCAUCCGCUGUUGCUAAUACUGAAGGAGAUGGUAGUAAUACAUAUUUAUUAUUGGGACCUAUUGGUACUGGUGCAUUUGGAAAUGAUGAACGUAUGAUAGCUGAAAUAUUUUGUGAAGUAUUAAAUGGACCAUUAAUGGGCUCAGAAAAAGUCCGAAAUGCAUUUGAGCAAAUUUGGUUUGUAUCUAUUGAUAGCCUUCAUGUAUUUGAGGAAGUAUUUGGAGAAAAAGGCAAACAUGAUCCUUCGCCGAAACAAUAA